AUGGUGGCACCGAAAGUCUGGCGUUAUUCAUGGUACGCAGCAUCUCCGGCUUCUCUCAAUUCCACCAUACACCCAGCAUCGUAUGGGUUGUCUAUGGCACCCCCCUCACCUCCACCUGUCUCCAUCCCAGCACACGACGUUGCACCACCACAGCUAGCUCCUCCUGCUGCUUCUCGGGCCACUGAUGCUACCCCUCCUCCUGCUCUCCCUCCUCCUCCUUCGGCCCCGUCUACUGCUGUGGGUUCUGCUGCCAACUCACCAUUCUCCCUCUGCCCUCCCUCCGCCCCACCUUGCCUCACGUCAUCUUGGCUCUCCCCUUCUUGUAGCUGA